AUUUCUUUAUAUGGAAAUUGUUGUUGUUUUUAUGCUAUAUUUUUUUAAACUGUCCAUCUUGGGUAUAUCUACUUCUUUCUACUUUCAAUCAUGAGCCAAGUUGAUAAAAUGUGGUUAUAUAAGCAUCCUCAAGGUUUAAAGGCUUUAGAAUCUGAAUUGGACCAAUUACGAAAGAGAAGAUAUAACCGAUCCAACAAGUUUAAAAGAGGACAAGAUAUAAAUACAUCAAGCAAGGAAACACCUAAAGCAAUAAUAGAUACGCCAAAACAUACUUUGUCUACAUUCGAAUCGUGUUCCCAAAAAGACACACCAACUCUGCAACGAAAAGAGGUGCAGGAUAAAAAGAUCCAUCCUACAUUUAUUCAAAUACCAAAGCCUUGUACAAUAGAUGAAAAAGAAUCCAAAGUGAAUAGCAAUAAUAAAGUGUACCUACCUCAACUUUCUCCAGAACUCAAAUUUACUGAAACUGAAGACUCAAUUGAACCUACGAAGCAACGACCUCCCACAAAAAAGCGAGUAUCAUUUAGUGAACAGCUGACGUUUAUUAUUCCUACACAUGAUGAACCUAAAGAAGAACAGACUGACGUAAAUGAAUAUAAGCCAGAGAGAAUGGAACCUACGAGGCCGGUUAUUGAACGAUAUGCGCCUCAUCAACCGGUUCAAAGAAGGGAGCAGAAAAAGGAACCACAAAGACUACCGAAUAGACUACUUGAUAUAUUUCAGCCAAAAAGAGACAUCAAGUCUAUGUAAAUACAAAAUAGGAAAAUCUCCGAAGUUGGACUAUUUUUGUUGUUCUGAAAAUAAAAAA